GCAGACAGAAUAAAUUAAAAUGUGUUGUAUUUGACACAUGUUAAUGUUCAAUGUUUGUUUUGCGUUUAAAUUUUUAAGACUUUUAUCUUUGCAAUAAAAAUUCAGUUGAAUAGUGCAGAGAUAGAAUGUAGAGUUUUAUCCCGCAUUGUGCCUUGGAUAUUUCUUCCACUAAUGUAUUAAGUAAUACUUUCAAUUUUAAUAAGUUACUGGUACCGUAGCUUUAGAACACAAAAAAUAAUAAUAUUAUCCUAAUUAAUUUUAGAAUAGGGUUAGGCUUUCUGGUAAUAAUUAUUAAAAAAGCUUAUCAGCUUAACAUAUUUUGUAUAAUAUACUUGGUCUAGUUGUUUUAAAAGUGCCUUUCAGGUUGUUGAAAUGUUGAAAUCUCAAAAAAACCUCCAGGAUGAUCCACACUCCUGUUCUGAUAAGCCCAAAAGAAAUGUCAUAGUAACUGGAUUUGGACCUUUCUUCGGACAUUCAGUGAAUGCAAGCUGGGAAUCAGUGAAGCUCUUACCAAAUAUUUUCGAAGAUGACAGUAUCAAUCUGAUUGUUGAAGAGAUUCCAGUAACAUACUGUGCCAUUGAGGAAACAAUUCCCAAGCUGUGGAAGGAAUAUGACCCAAUUUUUGUUAUUCAUGCUGGAGUAUCGAGUCUAGCGAAUAAUUUGACUAUUGAACGAUGUGCGAAGCUGAAGGGCUACAAUCGCAGAGAUGUUGAUGGCCAAAUUCCAUGCGGGGAAGCUUGCAAAUUUGGUCUUGAAGAAGUCCUGCAUUCAAAAGUUGAUGUAAUUGACUUAUGCACGCAGAUGAAUGAUAUGAAAUCAAAUGUCAAAACUAGUAUCUCAACUGAUGCUGGAAGUUAUUGCUGUGAGUACAUCUAUUACACAUCUCUCUGCCACGGUGAAGGCAGGUGCCUCUUCGUUCAUGUUCCUCAGUUGGGAAAACCAUAUCAAGCUGAAGAAAUCGCUCAAGGUCUCAAUAAUAUUCUCAGGAUAGUAUUGGAUCAACUGUCCUCUAAUAAAGUCCUAGAAAACACUCUAUAGCUUGUAUAAACUUCAUGUUUUGUUUAUAACACCGCAAGAGUAAACCAAACUUGUUUUUCUCCACAACAGUAUAUAUUAUUGUUUUUUAACUAAUAUGAGCUCCAAAUUGAUAUUCUAUUGAAAUACUAAUUUUAAUAGUGGCUCUUUUCACUAAAAGACGAACUUCUUUCUCUUCUUUAAUAGACGAAAACUGUGAUGGGAAUUUAAGCUCAGAAGAGUUUGUCAAGCUUAGAGAAGAAUUUUUCCUAAGCAGAGAACAAAAGAAGCAAACUAAGAUGUUUUGGUGCCCUCUCAUCUAUAAUGCCAUGCAUAAUUCAUAAUUUGAUCAAGUGCCUUAGAGAAGGAUUUCACUUAACAGUAAUUGAGAUACUAAUUAUUUUAUGAUAGCUAGUUUGCCACAAGUGAUAGACCGGCAUACUGUCGACUAAGAAUUUUGAUUUCAGUAAAAUUAUAUCGCUGUUUGAGCUGGCUAUUAGCUAUAGGUUUUAGCUAUAGUUCUUGACUAAUUAGAUUUUAUUUCUCAACUAUUUUGUGACCAGCAUUCUUGACUUUUCUAAAGAGUUGCAUUAAUGUACAUAUUGUUCAUUUAGUACAUAAAUAAAUCUCUCAAAUAUAACUUAAUGCACGUAAGGAUGAAUCAAUAUUUCCUUCAUAUCAAAUUUCAAUGCCAAAAUUUAACAUUUAAAAUUUGCAGAUAGCAUUGAAUUAUACAUUUCUGAAUAAAUUUAUUCACAGUUCUCAAUUGCUUUAUAAACAUGCAAUUAUGACUCAAUUAGUAACUCACUUAAGUAAUAAUAAUAUUGACUUCUCCAUUUAAAUUCCAUAAUAAUGUAAUGAUUCGAUAAUUGAUUAUGAUGUGAUUAGUCAUAAAGUUAUUAGUCUGCCAAAAGUGUGACAACAUAAUUAUAUUAUAAUACAGAAUAACGAGUACGGUACUAAUAUGAAAGUGUAUCAGAGGAAUUUUAUUAAUAUUGAAAUAAAAUAUUAUUGAUUCGUUAAA